AUGGAUUCUGGACUGCAGGCUUACAGCUGGGUCAACGGUGAGUAUAGUAUAAGGUCAGAAGACGAUCCAUUAGCGAAGCUUAUCCCCAUCAUCAAUCCCGCAACCGAAGAGCUGAUAGCGAAGAUCGAGAUUACGUCCUCCGAAGCAGUUCAUGAUAUCGUUUCAAAGUCUUUACACGCGUUCAAAACUGGUCGAUGGCCGCGCGCUGAUCCGUCAGAACGCUUCGCUGUGCUCUCAAAAGCCGCCGGCAUGAUGCGCGAGCGGAUGCAUGACUUCAUCCGGUACGAGGCGAUGCAGACUGGACGACCGAUACGCGAAAUGCGUGCACAAUUAGCACGCAUACCAGAGUGGCUCGAGUACUUCGCGUCACUAGCUCGGACCAUGGAAGGACGUGUGACACCAUUCAAAGGGCCAGUCGUGAACACGUUGACUCGAAGUCCGCUCGGUGUCGUCGCCCAGAUUACGCCCUGGAAUCAUCCACUGUUGAUAGCGACGAAGAAAAUGGCUGCCGCACUAGCAGCAGGGAAUUGUGUCAUUGUUAAACCAUCUGAACUUGCGCCACUCUCAGUAUUGACGAUGGGUAAAAUAUUCCAAGCCGCAGGACUGCCGGAUGGAGCGCUGCAGAUCAUCACUGGUACAGGACCUGAGACAGGAAAGUAUCUCUGUCAAGAUCGGCGACUGGCUAAGAUCGACCUUACUGGUGGGCUGGGCACAUAUAGAGCUAUCGCCCCUGCUGCAAGUCAGAACCUGAUCUCGAUAACCGCCGAGCUAGGAGGGAAAGCCCCAGUGUGCAUCUUCGAAAGCAUGACUGUGGGCAGAGCUGUACAAGCUGCCUUGUUUGCGAGUUUCAUUGCAAGUGGGCAGACUUGUGUCACUGGAAGUAGAAUACUGGCGCAUGACAAGAUUUACGAUGAAUUCAUAGCGCUGCUUGUCGAGAGGACAAAGAAGUUACGCAUCGGUGAUCCUACGUUAGAUGACACACAGAUCGGUGCGGUGAUCAACAAGGCAGCUGUAGAGAGAUGCACGAAGUUUGUCGCAGAAGCAGUCAAUGAAGGGGGCAAGUUACUCUGCGGCGGCUCACCAACUACAGUCUCAGGAAAGGGCUUCUUCUUCCAUCCUACACUCAUCGAAACGUCUGCGACGUCGUCCCUGUCAUGCAACGAGGUCUUUGGUCCCGUCAUCGCUAUAAUCAGAUGCACAUCCGAAGAGGACAUUAUCGAUAUCGCGAACAGCACCAAAUAUGCGCUGGGUGCUUCCGUCUGGACAGAUGACUUCGCUCAAGCCCAUCGAGUAGCUGAGAAGAUCGAGGCUGGCAUAGUCUGGAUUAAUGGUCAUCAUCUGAAUGAUCCAUCCUCACCUUGGGGUGGAUUCAAGGAAAGUGGUGUUGGGAAAGAGAACGGGAUCGAGGCGUAUGAAAGCUAUACCAAGGUGAAGAGCACGAUCAUCAACUACGGCGUACUGCCGACGUGGUUUGACGAAGAUGUGGGGACGAGUAGGUAUGGCUAG